GUUUCUCUUUUUGCGUGCGCUGUCUGGUGUCUGCACGCAGUGCAUCCUUCUUGUCAACAAGAGGUAUCCAUGGAAGCAUCUGUUCGUGUUCAUGUGUUUGGGGAGGUGGAGGUGGGCUUUUCAUAUUGCCUUGUUUAAAGUGUAACAAGUCGUUCAACGUAGCAAGAGUGUGCAUUUUCAACUGCGACAAUGGAACACGAGCGGAGUGAUGGAUCAGGCGCUCCUGUGCUGCGAAUACGUCACGGGUCGAUAUUUGUUGCAGACUGGCACCGUGGUCCCGACAGUAAAGAGUAUUUCAGCAAACUAUUUCAGAAGAAAAGACGAAAAACUUUUGGUCUUCUUGAAGCUCCUGCCAUACCACCUCAAAUACAUGUCAACACAGUUCGAUAUAAAGUAUUCCUGGCUGGUAAAAGUGGUGUGGGGAAGACUUCCCUCGCUGCACGCCUCGGGGGAUCCGACAUCCCUGCUAUGCACUAUGAAACUACAGGUAUUGAGACCACUGCAGUGUUCUGGCCAGUGAAACUGAGAGAAAACGGUCAAGUUAUCCUCUUCAAGUUCCACUUUUGGGAUUGCGGGGAGAAUGCACUUCGCAGAUUUGACCACUUAUUACCGUCCUGUAAGGAGCAGAUGGAUGCGGUCUUGUUUUUAUUCUCUUUUACUGACCACGGCUCCUUUGAAGACUUGCCAAAUCAAAUAUCCAGAAUAUCUGACCCCUCUCAAAGGACUGUUAAAAUGGUGGUAGGUACCAAGUUUGAUUUGUUCAUGCACACGGACAUAACGGAGAGGGAGAUCAAGACCUUCCAGGAUUCCUCUGGCCUGCCGGUGUUCCGCGUGGGGGGAGACGCUAACGCUGGGCUGGGCGAGGUGGCGCCCCUCCUCAACGCUCUGGCCGAGCACCUCUGGCACCAGGACUGUGUCACCGCCGGCUGUGGCCCUUCCUCCUCUCAGGUCUGAGACUGGGACGCAUGGCUAAAGAUAGGGCCUGGAUGAGGAAGAUAACUUGUGGGGAGGCAUUGCAAACAUUUCGGUCCUCAGACCUUCAUCAGUGCAAAAGGAAUGAAAAGACUGAAUCUGAAGCGGUCACUUGUUCACGGUGUAGCGUGGGACUGGGAAGGACACCUGAGGCUGAAUCUGACGUGUGCACUAUUUGACUGUUGCUACGUUUACAUGAGACAUUUAAUUCGGGAUUAACUGAUUCUAAAUAAAGUUAAAUUCUGUUUUGAAAACGCCAUGUAAUUGUAUUAAUUCGGAAUUAAAGGAAAGACCAAAGCAAACUCAACAGAUCUAUUUGAUUCUGAAUUAUUAAUUCGGAAUUAAACGCAUCACGUAAACGUAGUGAAUGUAGCAUGAGGCUCGGACGGAUGGCUGAGUCUGAAACGUUCAGUAUUUCACUAAGAACUUAGGAAGCACAACUUUCUAAUUCCCAUUGAAUUGAAUGAGUGAUCGAUUUGGACAUUGCCUGAGAAGAGGACCACCUGGCGGAUACGCAGUCAUCCUCUGCUCCUCCUGUAUGGCCAGAGGUGGGCCAAUUGGCUUGAGAUAGUGAAGGUGCCUGAUAUAUUCCCAACUGUCUGUGCUGUUUAGACAGGUCAUUAAACAUCACUAAUUAGAUCAUCUAAACUUA